AUGAAGCUGACGCCGUUUGCGCGCAGCGUCAGCGCGGUUGUAUCCGAAGCGCCGCCGAUGGAGAUUGGAUUCCUCGGUCCCGUGAGCAACGACACGAUCGCGCAGCUCAACGCGGGUCUGCGGCAGCUCACCGGCAUCAUCUCGGACGACCUGCUCACGCGGCACUCGCCCAAGAGCCUCUACGUGCCGUCGCUGCGUAAUUUCAAGGUCUGGUCGACUGUGGUAACGUACCUCAGUCGCCAGGACGCGGUCGUCUUUGUCACUGCGUUUGCGCCGACGCGCCACUUUUCCGAGCCCAUGCCGCCCCUCUUGCGCCGUCUCGAUGCCCAAGCCGACAUUGUCGUCGGCGUCACCGAGGCCCAGAGCUACGGCAUUUCGGGCAACGACAUCACCGUGGGCAUCACCGAUACCGGACUCUACUUGGACCAUGACCAGUUUGACCAGCCCGGCGCGAGGCCAUUUGGGCGAAUUGUCUCGACCAACCGCAAGGUCGUCUCCUACGAAGCGUUUGGCGACCAGUUUGAUCAAUCUGAAAACAUUACGUGCGGCCAUGGCACCCACGUCUCGGGCAUCCUACUUGGCAGCUCGUUGACCAAAGCGCAGCCCAACCUCGGCGUCGCCUUCAACGCCAAAGUGGCCUUUAUGGACAUUGGGACGCAGAGCCCGCGGUGCGCCAACCUCCCGAAUGUCAACUGCCCCGUGAGCCUCCAGACGCCGUCGGACGUCUCGGACUUGCUUCGCAACCAAGUGCGCGCAGGCGCCAAAAUCUUUUCCUUCUCGUGGGGCACCGACGGCGACGACUACAGCCAACAAGCGCGAGACCUCGACGACUAUAUCUUCUCCAACCCCGAAACACUGAUUGUGAUUGCGGCCGGCAACUCGGGCGACGAAGGGCCGCGCUCGAUCAGCUCGCCCGCCGGCGCCAAGAACGUGCUCAGCGUUGGCGCGUCCAUGAACACGGUGGCCAGCUUGGCCUCGACGCUCAACUGCCCGAACAUCUUCAACCCCAACAGUCCGGACCUCGUGGCGCCCGGCCAAGUGAUCACAUCGUCCCAGAGCCUCGCCGCCGGCUCGACGACCAAGACGACGCAGGUCUGCCCGCUCCAAGGCACGUCCCAGGCGACACCUGUCGCCGCCGGCGUCGCUGUCCUUAUCUACGAGUGGCUCCGCGACGGCUGGUGGAAGGCGGGGACCCGCGACGUCUCGCACGGCCUCAAGACGAUUCCGGCCUCGCUCAUCAAGGCGCUCAUGAUCCAUAGCGCGACGGGCUUGAAGAAUCGCAUCGGGCCGCUCCGGGGUCUCGUGACGUGCUCGUUUGUGCAGCAGACGGCGACGCCGCUGGCGUACCCCGACUUUAACCAAGGCUACGGGCUCCCGCAGCUCUCCAAUAUCGCGUCGUUUGGCGCGUCCGCCACGCCCAAAGUGUUUUUCCUGCCGAACUCUACCGUGAGCGCACCCACGCUGCGCCACGGCGGGCUGCACACGUACAGCUUUACCGUGCUGCCGGGGCAGUCGCUUCGCGUCACGCUCGUGUGGACCGACCCGCCGGGCUCCAUGGCCGCCACGACGCAGCUGCAGAACAACCUCGACCUCUCGGUGGUCCUCGGCACCACGAUCUUUUACCCGAUUGCGUCGCCCAACGGUCCCGACACGGUCAACAAUGUCGAAGUGGUGGAUGUGUCGUACGCGGCGCUGGCCAAAGUAUCGUCGGGCGCCUCGGGCGACAUCAGUGUCGAAGCGCGCAUCGCUGGCACGUCCGUGCUCGUGACCAACGCGCAGGCGUACUCGCUCGUCGCGUCAUCGUCCGCCGUCGC